AUGUCUGGCGAAGACAAGUCUCUUAUGGAGCGCAUUGAGAUGCCCUCCGUCCCUCAGGAUGCCCGGGCCAAGCUCGCUUUGGUUGAAGAGGAGCUUGCGCGUGCUGGGCUUGAGCAGAUGCGCAAGUCCGUCCUUCGCUAUGCCCCCAUCUACAAGAAGCGUGAGGAGGUUAUCUCUCUCCCCUCUGUCAAGCCCGACUUCUGGGCCCGCGUCUUCUCCAGUGCUCCCCCUGAGAUCGACGAGUAUGUCCUGGAUGACGAUGCCGCGAUCCUCGGCGGACCCCUCAAGAACGUGACUGUCGAGCGUUUCGAGGUUGACGCCGAGGGUAACGGCGAGCCCCGCAGCGUUCGCUUCACCUUCGAGUUCGACCCCGAGGAGAAUGACUACUUCGACAACGCCAAGCUCGUCAAGGAGUUCUACUGGCGCAAGCAGAUCAUCAAGACCUCCAGCGGCAAGCGUCGUGUCUGGGAGGGCCUUGUCUCCGAUCCCGUCCGCAUCAACUGGAAGGAGGGUCAGGACACCACUAAUGGUCUGCUCGAUGCGGCUUGCGACCUGUUCGAUGCCGAGAAGAAGGGCGGUGACCGCAAGAAGCUGCCCGAGUACGAGGCCCUCGUCAAGAAGCUCGAGCUUCUUGAGGCUGAGCAAAUGAAUGAUGAUGAUGAGGAUGUUGAGAUGCCCGAGGAUGAUGAUGAUGAGAGCCACGCUGGCGUCAGCUUCUUCGCCUUCUUCGGAUACCGCGGCCGUGAUAUCUCUGCCGAGCAGAACAAGGAGGCUGUCAAGGAAGAUGAGGAGCGCUUCGUCAAGAUGUCCAAGGGUGAGGAGGUUGACGAGGAUGAGGAUGACGAGGACGACGAAGAUGAGGAUUUGGAGCUCCUCGUUGAUGAUCUCGAGGACGCUGAGAUCUUCUCCGAUGGUGAGGAGCUCGCCAUUGCCCUGGCUGAGGACCUCUGGCUCAACGCCCUGAAGUAUUAUGCUCAAUCGUUCCAGCCUAACUUUGACUUUGAGGGUCUCGACAUGGAGGAGCUCGAGGGUAUGGACGAGGACGAAGAGGAGGGCGAGAAUGCGCCCCCCGCCAAGAAGGCUCGCAACUAA